AUGGCGGGCCAAUGGCAAAGGGCAGGGCGGAGAGCCUUGAGACCAAUAGGAACGGGCGAAUUGAAGGAGGAGGCGGGUCUUGCUGUGCGUCGGUUUGAAAACAGCGGCUGUUGGGGAGGCCGAGCAACGGUUGACGCGCGCGAAGAGAAUGGCCAUCAUGCAACGAACCUGGUGAUAGAGGAAGGCCUGGCCCGUCACUUGAAACUGAAUCAAUAACUGCACUAAUCAAGGAAAAACAAUGGAAGCCGUGAUGGGACCUGAUCCGUACCAGUGGACUUCUACAAGCCGGGAGGAUCAGCUGAAAGAACUUGCUAUGGCCUUUAUGCGCCUUUGUGCUGAACGGGGAGAUGGCGAUAGCCCAAAGCAACCUCACGUGGCACCGCAGCAAGACCCCUAUGCAAGGGCCUCUGUGGCUGCUCUGCCCAGGCCUAUUCACCCUGUAAUGGUCAGGCAUCUUCAGCCAGAACCUGCCUUGCCGUCGGGGAUUCCUAGGGAUUCCAGAAGUCUUAGGAAACCUGUGAUGAAAAGGAAAGUUCUGAGGCGAACGCCUGAUGGAGAGGUCCAGGUGACAGAUGAGUCAGUCAUCAGUGAACCCGAGUCCAGCACUCCGAGUGACCCAGAAUACAGGGACCUGAGUUGGGGAAUGUAUCAUCAGAACACCCAGGAGGCGGAGGAAGAAGAAUCUGAGGAAGAGUGUGAGCCCAACAGUUCCCCAGAGUCAGAGACUCCUUGUUCCUGGAGAACGACUGGGGACAGCCAGAGCCAAUGUUCCCAAAGAGAGAGUCAGAGCCGCAGCACAGCAUCCUACGAGCAGGAUUUGAUUCUCCCUGCUCACCCAAAGUCCUUCAUAUUACCAAGGCUGGAUCAAAUCAGCCGCAAUAGAAUGAAGACGGAUCGGGUUGCCCGUUACUUGGAACAUAAACAUGACUGGGAGUCACUGCGGCUUCCAGGGGAAGACCCCAGGAAAGGUGUGCGCUGGAGCAUCCGGGAACAGAUGCUUUAUAAGUCUGAAUUCCCUCCUCGACCUCAGCACGUUUAUAUCCCCAACAAUUACCUGGUGCCUACAGAGAAGAAGAGAUCUGCCUUGCGCUGGGGAAUACGGUGUGACCUGGCAAAUGGUGUGAUACCUAGGGAUUCCUACUCUUCGUAGAAACCCAAGAGGACUGGCAUUGGCACGAAGCAUGCACUGCUUGGUGCUGUCCAAACAGCUAACUACACUGAACUAUACUGUUGUGUUUCCUUUGAACCUGAAUCCUUCUUAUUGAUUUUAAAUCUAUACUUAGUUUUCAGAAUGAGGAGUUUGGAAAGGACUCUUUUACCCAUGCUGCUUAAAAGUGAUGCCUUGGAUAGAGAAACUUACUGGUAUCAUCCCAAAAGAAGUCAAGCAGAAGAUGAAUUGAAGCAUACUAAAAUGUAUGUGAAAGACAAUCUUUCUGCUUUAUUACAAGAUCUUUUAGACCCAUUUCCUCUUCCUAAACUAUUAGACACUCUGUACAAUUUUACUGUUUUUAAAUCAAUUUUGUAACUUCUGGAUGUAUGCAUUAAAGUAUAAAUAUUUGGAAUAAAAGUCAUUACUAUAGUUUA